AUGUCUUCGACUUCGGUGACUUCCUCUGAGCCAAAGGAUGAGAAACCUUUCCAUUCAACGUGGUCGGGUAAACCGAAUGUGCAAGGAACACCGCCUUCACCAUCUUCAGCAUCCUCUACAUCCUUGACGUCUCGACGAGCGAAGAAAAGUGUGAUCGAGUAUAUCAGACUGCUAUCUUUGGUCAUAGGAAUAUGCCUGGGUGUGAUUAUUGGAUCCUUGGACAUGAACAUCGUGUCAACGGCCUUGCCAUCGAUCACCGACCAAUUUCAUAGUAGCCAAGAUGAUGGGUGGUAUGGUACUGCAUACCUGAUGACACUGUCUGCCGUCCAGCUGUUUUGGGGACAUCUUUACAAGGCUUUUCCCGCCAAAGUGGUCUUCCUUUCAGCUUUGGGUAUCUUUGAGGUUGGCUGUACUGUGUCUGCAACGGCUUCAUCCUCUACCGCUGUGAUUUUUGGGAGAGCAGUCUCCGGUCUUGGCAGCGCGGGAUUCUUCUGCGGAUGUUUAAUUAUCAUGUCCUAUGUUGUUGCUUUACGAUUCAGGCCAAUGGUAAAUGCCUUGAUCGGACUGCUGAUCGGUUCGACGCAAGCGAUGGCACCAGUGGUGGCUGGCGCGUUGACCUCAGGUCCUGGAUGGCGCUGGUGUUUCUGGAUUAGCUUGCCAAUUGGAGCAAUUGCCUCAAUAUUGGUUAUACUAGGCUGUUCUAUCCAAGAACCUGCAGAUCGAUUGAAUGGAAAGACAUUAGGAAAGCAUUGGGUAUCGUUCGACUGGGUGGGCCUUGGCUUAUGGAUUCCCUUCAUUGCCUGCUUUAUGCUCAUCCUGCAGUGCGGCGGAUCGCAGUAUGGAUGGACUAGCGGGUCGAUGGUAGCUUUGUAUGUGAUGACACCUAUUCUGCUUGGUUCCUAUGUCAUAUGGCAAUGGCACGCGGGCGAGGAUGCAUUGACGCCUGCCCGGAUCAUGUCACAACGAAGCAUGGUGGCUGGAUCUCUUUACAUGCUCUUCAAUGCCGCAGUUGAGUCACAAAUUCCUUAUUUUUCCAUCCUUGUAAACCAGCUACCAGUAUUCUUCCAGGCGGUACAGGAAAAAACUGCAUUACAAGCGGGCACAGACACACUCCCAUAUCUAAUGUCAUUGGUAGCUUUCUUUAUCAUUGCGGGCACUGGGACAACAAUAGUGGGCUACUAUUUUCCAUUCAUGAUACUCGGUAGCACCGUUUUAUCUAUUGGGACCGGUCUUCUCUCCACGUUCACGGUCUCGACACCCCUCGGUCGGUGGGUAGGCUACCAGGUCAUAGCAGGUGCAGGACUGGCACUGGGCUUUGAUGCUCCCCAGCUCGCUGCACAAACUGUUUUCAAUACGGCUGAACAUGACAUGACUAUUGCCCUGACUAUCAUCACUUCUUUGAUGAACCUUGGCGGCGCAUUGGGUGUGAGCACUGGCACACUGAUAUUGAACAACCGGGCGACUACACUGCUUGUGGGCCAUGUGCCAGGACUGACCAGUUCGAUAAUUUCGAAAUCUGGUUUGACGGAUAUUCUAUCUUUGGUUCCGGCGAAAUAUAGCUCAAGCGUAUCCGCGGCAUAUGCACAGUCUAUUCAGAGUGUUUUUUAUUCCACCACGGCCUUUGCGUUGCUUACCUUUAUGAUUGCGUGGUUCAUGGAAUGGAAGUCAGUCAAGGAUGAUCAUGCAGCAAUAUCUGGGGAUGAAGAGAAAGGAAAAGGAAAUUGA